AAUCCCUCCCCCUUAUACACACUCGCACACACACACUUCUGUGGAACAUCCUUCCCCAAGCUGAAUGACUUAUCAUGGAGUGACUUGAACUCACUGUGAGUCAGACAGCUGGCCUUCAGAGUCAGACAACAAGCCGAUCUCUGCUGGCCAGGCGGUAAGUCAGCUCAGCUUAUCAUGAUCUGCAUUUCCUGUGCUCUUUGCCGUUAAGAUUUUCCCGCUAUUUGAGAAGAAGAUGGAAACUACAACAUAUGAUUAUGAAUACAGUAGUGACUCGUUCACAGCGGCUGAACCAUGUGAGGUGGAGCGCGUCAACUAUCUGGGAGCUCAGCUAUCCACCCUCUACUACUUUAUGUUUCUCUUCAGUCUCUUUAGCAACGGGCUGGUCCUGAUCAUCAUCCAUCGGUUUGAGAAGCUGAACACUGUGACCAACAUCUUGCUGCUGAACCUGGUGUUGUCCUCCCUGAUCUUCAUGAGCAGCCUUCCCUUCAUAGGAGUCUACACCCAGGUCUCCAACUGGGUGUUCGGCAAGGUCAUGUGCAAGAUUGUUGGCACCGUCUACUAUCUGGGCUUCUACAGCUCUGUCCUCUUUCUAACUCUUUUGACCUUCGACCGACACCUUGCAGUUGUUUACUCCUUGGGCGUGUCGCGAUUAAGGAGUCGAAGGUAUGCGGUAGCCUCCUGCGCUGUGGUGUGGCUGGUCAGCGGCCUGGCGUGCAUCAGGCCGAUGAUUCUCCACACCAGUUUUAAAUAUUUAGAUAACACAACGUACUGUCAGGAGUAUCCUGGUGACAUACCUUCUAUUAAUGUGGAACAGCUGAGAACAGCUGGAUUUUACCUUCAGCUCAUCCUUUUCUUAAUCUUUCCGCUGGUUGUUAUUAUCUACUGCUAUGCAAGGAUUACUAUCACUGUCAUGUCAUCCAAGAUUGUUACCAAGUUCAAGACAGUCAGGUUAAUAUUUGUCAUUGUCCUGAUGUUUUUUAUGUGCUGGACCCCAUUCAACAUUGUAAUGCUGAUGGAAGACGAAGCCACUACCUGUGAGGGAAAGGAGAGAAUGGCUUAUGCUCGUGAAGUCACUCGUGUCAUGGCCUACACUUACUUUUGCAUCAGCCCCCUCUUCUACACAUUUGUUGGGAAAAAGUUCCAGAACUAUUUCAGACAAAUGCUGGUGAAACGUUUCCCGGGGUUAGAGAAGCAUGUUUCUGUCCGUCAACACAGCAAAACCAAUUUGUCCACAAAAAGUACAAGAAAUUAGGUUUAGGAAUGGGAAGCCCUUUGUUUCCCAGGACUGCCUUGUGUUCAACAAACCACUGGCUAAAAACAUACUGGUACCGAUCAAUAUCUACUCUUUGGUUAGCUAUGUUACGGAUUUCACCCUUCUCAUGCCGAUGACCUUUUAUGAAUGUCGAUUGUCCAAGUCCAGUCCAAAUUGAAGCUCCUGUCACCUCUUUAUUUGCCAUCAUGGCACAAAUAAUUAUUGUUAAAUGUAGACUAGAGAGGUAGGCUAAGUUUAGCUGAGCUAACAGAAAAGAUGAUUCCCCACAGAAAAAAACAUGUCUCAUCCCUACUCGUCACAUACCGCCCCAUGGCGUCAGCUCCAUGGCCCCCUUUUUUUCACUCUUUAAAGUACGUCACCACACUCCGGGCACACUUUAUCAGAGCGUUUACUGUUGCCAUGGAUGGGUUUACAUUGUAGUUAAUGAAACGCCCAGUGCGUUUCACAUCAGCGCUUAGGGGUGCCUUGUGUGGCAGUACCGAACAACAAUGGCCAUGACGAAGCCUGACGCUCUGGGAAUGAGAACUCCAGCUCUGUAUAUACAAAUCUUUGUGCCUUUUGAAGACUUAGGGAAAUGUUUCCCUUCCUAAACUGUUCAAGCAUCAUUGCUCCAGUGAUUUGCAAGGCUUGAUCUUGUUUGGCUUUUCCAUUGCAGUAGUUCAUUUACAAACUGGUUUUAGUGUUUUUCGUCCCUCUAGUAGCCAGAAGUUGAUUAAUGGAGCUCAAAAUUCAACGAGCGUUUUCCUACGAAUGUCCAGCAACACAAGCGAUCCAUGCGCCAUAGCAAGCCCAUGCGCCAUUUAGGCAACAAAACUACUUGGUUAGGUUUAGGAACAGAUUGUGGUUUGGGUUAAAAUAACUACGGAAGUUACGUGAUAAAUAAGUCAAGGUUGACUUCUGGGUUUCACUUGGGACAUGAACAGUGGUCUCCACCUGAACCUCCUCCCUACGCCGACUCGGUAUGCUACGUCACCUGUCCUGGCUCACAAUUACUUGCAUUACAUAUGAACGUGGGUUAUAUACAAAAUGUAGUGCAUUACUUUUCGUAGGCAUAGCUACGAACAGUGUAUGAUAACAGCCUGCUAAAUUGAAUGUAUGUGUGGAGCUGUAAGAACAUUGAUAGGGGGGAUCUGUAAACCCGUGGGUUACGCUCAGUGGCAACAUUUCUACAACAUCUGCGCAUGGCAGCUAUGAUGUAGAUAAGGUCAAGAAAAUAUUGUGGUUAUGGCAAAUAACCUAAAAGUAAGGUAUGGUUGAGUUUAGGCUUAAACACUUUGUUGAUUGCUGGAAUAUUUCGGGACAUGCACUCCUGAUGCUAUUCACGCCGAUUCACCACCACAAAAGGGCGCACUCACUUCUUCUUGCGCUGGCCCUGAAUGUUUGCACUUGCACAGACGAUUCGCUGCAGAUUUGUUCAGCAUGAAUGUAAUUAUUAAGGGUUAUUGGCCCUACAACUGUAUCAAAAGUUAAAUUGGAUUUAUAGAUCUGCCAUAGCUACGAGUCUCCAUAGAGUGCUGCAGGAAUGAGUCCUAAAACCCAGAAAUGAGUUAGAUACCUGAAAUAAGGUUUAUGGUUAACACAAGGUGAAGAGAAUUAAACGUUUUGUUCUACGACAUAAAAUACACCAAUAAAUACCUAACUCGUGAAUUUUGAAGACUUUGUGUUGUAAAAAAUGCUAACAAGUGACUAAAUGAAAUUACUAAAUGUCAUCACACCAAC